AGGGUCACACAGAUGCAGAAAUGAUGGACCUCGUCUCCGAGAUGGAGCUGAUGAAGAUGAUUGGAAAGCACGGUAACAUAAUAAAUUUCGUAGGUGCCUGCACCCAGGGAGGGCCCCUCUAUGUAGUCGUUGAAUUCGCAUUGCACGGUAAUCUCCGUGAUUUCCUGAGGAAACACCGACCCUCAUCAGGUUACGAGCCAACGAUAGGAGAGAUGCCUCCAGAAAGGAAAACCCUGACGCAGAAGGACCUCGUGUCGUUUGCUUUCCAGGUCGCCAGAGGAAUGGACUACCUCUCGAGCAAAAGAUGUAUACACAGAGACUUGGCUGCGAGAAAUGUUCUCGUUGGGGAGGACUAUGUGCUCAAAAUCGCGGACUUUGGACUGGCUAGGGAUAUCCACUGCCAUGACUACUACAGAAAAACUACUGAUGGCAGAUUACCGGUCAAAUGGAUGGCACCGGAAGCACUUUUCGAUCGGGUUUAUACCACUCAGUCCGACGUAUGGUCGUACGGAAUUCUGCUGUGGGAAAUCAUGACUCUUGGCGCGACACCGUACCCAUGCAUAUCUGCAGUUGAAGAAUUACUACAGUGGCUUAAAACUGGCCGUAGGAUGGAAAUUCCACCCUGCUGCUCUCUCAAUAUAUACAUGUUAAUGCGAGACUGUUGGAGUUACCUGCCCGAAGAGAGGCCUGAUUUCGAAGCAAUCGUCGAUCGACUCGACAAAAUCCUCACCCAAACAUCGAAUCAAGAAUAUCUGGACCUUGGACUGCCGCAAUUGGACACACCACCAUCCAGCGCGGAAUCCAAUCUACCCGACGACGAUGAAGACGAUGAUGGCCAAGAGCAGUUCCCGUACCUGUUGAAGAACUCGAUGUAAAAUGUAAGAUAUGAGAGCAUAAGCGACUGUCGUAACCGCGUGUGUGCAUGUAGAAGGACAAAUAAAAUGAUAAUAAGUGAGGAGCAAGUGUGAAUGAUUAUCGACUGGCGCAAAUGAACACGCCAAAUAUUAUGAAUCAGUAUUGACAAAUAGCGCAUAUUUCAAUGUAUUGUUUAAUUAAGAUGGAAUUUAUAAUGAAUUCAGGAUGUCAUGGGAAUUUCACUAAACAAAUUUUCUACAUUGUUGAUAAAAAAUUACAUUUUUUUUCAUUCACAAAUACGUUAGAAGAUUUUGUUAUAGUUUCCAUUCACCAAGUCGGAUAAAUAUUGUGGUAUUGGAUAAAUGGUUGCAAAGGCACUUAUGCAGCGCUUAUCACCUGAUGACGAGUACGUCCAUUGUAUUUUCUUUAUUCAUUCUACCAAUAUAUAUAUUGUUUAUUGAAUUUAUUGAUAGUUACUGUGAAUCGCCAGGUUGCAAUUGAUGCGGGAACCAAUUCUGUGUUGUUCUUUUCCAGUAGAAAAGAAAACAUUUUUCAGCAAUCUAUGACAUAACCCAUGACGACUUUAAUAUCAAAUGAUGGAUUUUACAUUGUAAAUUUCUUAAGGGAAUGUGCCAUCAACCAAGUGUCUUUUAUCUAUCGAGACAAUUUAUUCAAAUUAAAUUUUUAAAGGGUAGGUGGAAAAAAUAGACCUGGAAAAAAUAGCCCACGCACCCAAAACGUGCUAAAACUCACCUAACUUGAAAAUUUCUCUUGGUCUAUUUUUUCCGAGAUUCUUUUCAAAAGCAUUCAGGCGAAUUUGUAGCCUACGAAAAUGCAUAAUGAUUUGUUUGUAGAACCUUGGUGUCAAGUAACGGCAUGAUGUUGUGUUUGUAACUAGUCAAUGUUUACAUCGUUCUACGUUAUCUUUUGUAAAUUGUAACAGUCCAUACGCCAGGGCCAUUUCUGUGUCCAUUGACAUUUUUUGUUUUCCCCAUUGCCUUUUAUGGUUGGACUUUAUGUUUUCAGGGUCGCUGAUCGCGAAUAUGAUAACCAUUUUUUCGA